AUGGCGGGGGAAGACCUUCAGCAGCAGCAGCAGCAUAUGCUGCAACAGCAGCUGCAGCUGCAGCAGCAGCUGCAGCUGCAACAGCAGCUUCAGCAGCAGCAGCAGAUACAGCAGCUGCACCUCCAGCAGCGGUUAAACACCUUCCAGCAGCCACAGCCACAACCACAGCUGCCGCCCCCACCCCCUUCAAGGCAGCAACUGCAGCAGCAACAGCAGCAGCAGCAGCAAGGCCGACAGCCGCAGCAGCAGCAUCCUCCGCAUCGACCGCCUCCUUGGGGGAAUCAGCAGCAACAGAUGAUGCAGCAGCAGCUGCAACAGCAGCAGUUACAACAGCAGCAAAUGCAGCAGUUCACCGCAACUCCACAGACGUGGCAGCAGCAGCAGCUGCUGCUGCAGCAGCAGAUGGGGCUUCCACUCCAGCAUCAGCAGCAUCAGCAGCAGCAUCAACAGCAUCCACAGCUGCAACGCAGGCUGCAGGGACGUGAUGUUGCUUAUCAGCAGCAGCAAGAGCAGCAGCAGCAGCAUCAACAACAGCAGCAGCAGCUGCUGCUGCUCCAACAGCGGCAGCUACACCGACAGCAGAGCGCCGCGCUGCCCAUUGAUAUGCACAUCGGAACCGCAACAUCAGGAGGAGCAGCAGCAGCAUCUUCAGCCCCUGCUGCUGCUCACCCGCAGCAACUGCAGCAGCAGCAGCCGCAGCAGCACCAGCAGAAGCUUUCCAAUGCACCGCUUCUCCCCCCAGGGCUGCCCGGGCUUCAGCAGCAGCUGCAGCAACGGGUGCAGCAACAGCUGCAGCAGCAGCAGCAACAGCUGCAGCAACAGCUGCAGCAGCAGCAGCAGCAGCGCCAGCAGCAGGCUUCUCUGGAGCAGCAGCAGCGGAAGGCGCUGCAGCAGCAGCAGAUCCUCUUCGUUGGCGCUCCACCGGGUCUCCUUCAAGUUGCUGAACCUCGAUAUACACCGCAACUGCAGCAGCAGCAGCAACUGCAGCAGCAGCAGCAAUUGCAGCAACAGCAGCAACUGCAGCAUCAAGCCCUUUCUGGAGGCCCUUCGGCGAUAGAGAAGCCGGCAGCUGCGGAUGCUGCAGGCGCCUAUACACCUUUUACACUGCAGCAGCAGCAAACGAUGGAGCCUCAACAGCAGCAGCAGCAGCAACUGCAGCAGCAACAGCAGCAGCAGGACUCUAGCCGCGCUCCCCCAUGGCAGAGGCCACAGGAAAGACAGCCUUCCCUGCAGCAGCAACUGCAGCAGCAACAGCAGCUGCGAGGAGGUGGAAGAGGACGCUCGCUUCAGCAGCAACUGCAGCAGCAGGCGCAGCAGCAGCAGCAGCAGCAGCAGCCCUACCCCAAAGGCAACUUCCUGACCGGCCCCAUAGCCACAGAUGGUUCUGCGUUGCUGCGGCUUCCGGAGGGGAGAGGUAUACAGCAGCAGCAGCAGCAGCAACAGCAGCAAGGACAGCCUCGGGCGCAGCAGCUGCAGCACCAGUUGCUGCAACAACAGCAACUGCAGCAGCAGCUGCAGCAACAGCAAGUGCGUCAGCAGCAACACUUGCAGCAGCAGAUGCAGCAACAACAGAUUCAGCAAUACCAAGAAGAGCCGAAGCAACCAGCAGCAGCAAAGGAGCAGCUCCUGCUGCUGCAGCAGCAGAUGCCACCGGGGCUACUGCAUGUACCUCAAGGAGGUCUUCACGUGGAAGGAGGCACUCCGCAACAGCGGCAGCAGCAGCAGCAGCAGCAGCAGCAGCUGGAGAAGCAGCCACCCAGAGACAGCAGCAGCAGCAGCAGCAGCCGAAGCCGCAGGAGCGCCUGCAGCGUGCUAGUCGCUGCUGUGCAUUAUUUGCUGCCGCUGCUGCUGCAGCAGAACCCUCAAGUGCAGCAAGAUGGGCUGGAGCAGCUGCUUUCCUUGUUGUCUUAUGCUGCUAGACAGCGAGUCAUGCCAUUCAAAAACCAGCAGCAGCAGCAGCAGCAGCAGCGGGGCCAGAAGCAGCAGCAGCAGCAGCAAGUGGAUCUGGAUGCUUGUGCAGAAUUAACAGAGGAGCUGCGCGAGGUGUAUGUACACCUUCUGGCUUCUGCUCUCCUUACACAUAAAGACGCAAAGAUUAGAUUAGCAGCAGCACGGCUGUGGGUUGUUGCUGCUGCCGUCGCCUCCCAACUUCGCGCUGCUGCUGACCGUGUGCUGCAGCAGCAGCAGCAGAAGCAGCAGCAGCAGCAGGAAGCAGCAAGCUCCUUGAAGCAGCGUUGUGAAGCCCUCAUGCGGGUCGCCGCCGUUGGCCUCUCCUAUCUGACCUCUGACGGUUGCAUUUCUGUGAGGGUCGGGGCUUUGCGCGGCUUGCUGCUGCUAGCUGCUGCUGAUGUGCUGCAGGAGGAGGAGACAGUCUCCGCGCUGCAGCGGGACAGCUUCCCUCCUGCUGCUGCCCACCCCCUGGUGUCUCUGCAGCGGCAAUCAUUUGCGCUUUGUGCUGCUGCCUCCCCUCGGCAGGUUGCAGCAGCAGCAACAGCAGCAGCAGCAGCAGCAGCAGCAGCGGGGAACCCAUCUGCAGGUUCUCCCAUGGCGGCUGCAGCAGCUGCGGUGGAGGCACAGGAGCAGCAGGAGCAGCAGGAGCUGCAGCAACUCGGAGCCCGUCAGCUGCAGCACAUCUUUAGGCUGCCCAUUUGCUGCGGGUUUUUGCUGCUGUGUCUGGACGACCAAGCAGAGCCCGUAAGGGUAGCAGCAGCAGAGUUGCUGCUGCUGCUGCUGCACGGGUUGCGGCAGCGUUCUAGCUGCAGCAAGUUGUCUUUGCUGCUGCAGUCGCUGCUGUGGGAUCUAAUAGGAGACCCUUCGUUGCAGGUGCAGCGGCUUGUUGCUGCUGCUGCAGUAGAGCUCUCUCAGUUGUCUCCUCUGCGGGAUGGGGCCUUGAGGCGGGCUGUCUCUCCUUUGCUGCACGAGCGCAGCAAAGCAACUCGGCUGCUGCUGCUGCAGAUGCUGAGUUGCUGCAAGGCUCGCAACGCAAAGGCGGCGAAGGCGGCGCUGCAGGGGCUGCUGCUCCUGCUGCCUGGCCCCCCAAACACCAGCAGCAGCAGCAGCAGUGGGAGCAGCAACGACGCCGCUGCAAGCACUGUCUCCUGUAUAGCUUACCUUGCACAGAGAUAUGCAGCAGCAGAGAGACAAGAGACAUUUAGAGUUUUAUCAGAUCCUCACUGCCGCUCUGCUGUACGAUUAGGGCUCCAGCAGCCUCUUACAUUGAGGGAGGCUUUGCUGCGGCUCUUCAUAUGUGCUGCUCCCAGCCCCGCGGCACUGCAGCAAGUCAUCGCAGCAGCAGCAGCAGCGGCGGAUGCUGCUGCUGCGCUAACGGGAGACACAACACUCACAAAACGAUGCAGCAGCAACAGGCGCAGCACAGCUCUCCUGCCCUCCAGUCAGGCACUGCAGCAGCAGCAGCAACAGCAGCAGCAGCUGCUGCAGCAACUGCAGCAGGAGCUGCUGCUUCAGCUAGAGUCCCUCGGGUGUCUUGAGGCUGCUCGUGUGGCAUGGGGGGCUCGUGCUGCUGCUACGUUUCCAUUGGAUGUGCAGCAGCAGCAGCUGCUACUGCUGCUGCGGUUCCCAGCGCUAGAAGGACUGCAGCAAAGCCUCAGCCUCAUCGCCUUAACAAUCACAGCUCAAGGAGGGCUGCUGGCUAGAGCAGAGCACUUGCGCCGCGGGUUCCACACCCAGCAGCAGCAGCAGCAGCAGCACUUACAGCAGCAGCAGCAGCACGGCCGUUUGUUUCCUUACCUGAACACUAGUGCUGGCUGGGGUUCUACCCCUCCACCGUUUCUACCUGUGCCAAGACCUACUAGCCGCAGCAGCAGCAGCAGCAGCAGCAGACCCAGCAGCAGCAGCAGCAGCAGCAGCAUGGGAGACGAAGGCAGCAGCAGCAGCAGCAGCAACGGCAACGGCGCGGACGUUGAAAGCAGCAAGUCUGCCUGUAGGGAUUUGUUAGCCCUGGCUGAGACGCUGUGGCCUUUAAUGGGGACUCCGAGUUGCUGCUGCAGCAGCAGCAGCAGCAGCAGCUCGGGGUGCAGCAAGGAUUGCAGCAUCUGCAAUGGGGAGUGGCUGUGCAGCCCAGAGGCCUGGUUGCUGCUGCACCAGGAUAUUCCUUGCCGGUACACUGCGCUGCUGCAGUCUCUUCGUGCUGCUGCUGCUACGUGUAGGGGCAGCGCCAUUGCUGCCAGCGGCAACAGCAGCAGCAGCAGCAGCAGCAGCAGCGACAGGCAUCGGCCCCUGUGGAUUACGCGCCCGUUGUUAGAUGCGCUGGGGCUUUUCCCUGAGACUGCUGUGAUGUACGCCGAGCAGCAGCAGAAGCAGAAGCAGCAGCAGCAGCAGCCAGCUGCUGCAGAUGUCCUCGGCAAACGAAAGGCAGGAUGGAGUGGGGAAGCACAAAGAGCUGCUACAGCGGAGCAGCAGCAUCAGCAGCAGCAGCAGCAGCCGCAGCGGAAGCGGCAAUGCCUACCUGCAGCUGCAAAUACAGUAACAGCAGCAGCGGCAAUGUCAGCACCACAAGAGGACCCUAGCAGCUCCAGCCUUGCUGCUCCUGCUGCUGCUGCUGCUGCUGCUGCUGCUGCCCUAAGGCAGGCUGUCGAGAGGCGGCGAGGCAGCUCAGCUGCUGUACAUUGGGCUCCAGCAGAACCGGAGCUGGCUGCUGUGUGGCUGCUGCAGCAGCUGCAUGCUGCAGCAACUCCUGCAGCAGCAGCUGCUGCUGCUGAUUUAGCUGCUCCCGUUGCACUGCAUGUUCGCCGGGGGGCUGCAUGCGCUGCAGACGAUGAGGAUGAUGGCAGCGCAGCAGCAGCAGAAGGCAGCAGCAGCAGCAGCAGCAGCAGCCGCACGGGUCUCCCAGCAGCAACUCCAACGCAGCUUGACUGCCGGCCUCCUCGUGUGAGGCUUCUGCUGCGGCUGAUGCAGCCACGUGCUGCACUUCGUGCUGCAGCGCGCCUGUCAGCUGCAGCAACGCUGCUGCAGCUGGACGGCGUUGCUGCAUCAGGGCAGCGGCAGAAGCAGCAGCAGCAGCUGCUGCUGCAGCGCUCCUUAACCGAGGGACCGUUCAAGAACCGCCCGGCCUCUGGCGCUGCUGUUGGGGGUACAGCAGCAGAAGCAGCAGCGGCAGCAGCAGCAGCAGUCGCAACAGCAGCCAACGUUGCAGCAGCAGCAGCAGCAGCAGAGGAUGUGGCGCCUCACCACGUAGCAGCAGUUGGGGCGAGGCUGCAGGCUACUGCAGCAAACGCGCUGCUGCAUGCAGAACACUUGCCGCUGCAAGCAGGGUCUCUUCUCCCUCAUUGGCAGCUGCUGCUGCUGCUGCCGCAGCAGCAGCAGCAGCAACACCUCGACCGUAUGGUGACUGCAACAGCGCUGCCUCCCCCACCAGCGCUGCUGCAGCAAGCAGCGUCUUCUGCUGCUGCUCCAAGCGCUGCUGCUCUUAGUGCUUGCAGCCUCCAGAAGCAGAAGCAGCAGCAACAGCAACAGCAGCAGCAGCAGCAGAACCGAAGACGCAUAAAACUAGUUGGGUCGGGCUGGCGAGCGGAGCUAGCAGCAACAAUGGUUGCUGCUGCAAGCAGCGACAGCGGAUCUGCUGCGUUGCUGCCAGCAGCAGCAGCAGCUGCUGCUGCUGCAGAUCGUGUCGCUGGCUGUGUUGCUGACGACGGCAGCAGCAGCUUAGUGGGCCGCUGCUGCUUAGAGAUGCAGCCGCGACCCUUUGCAUUCUGCUGCAGCGGGGGCUCUGCAAUGCUGCUGCAGGUUUCAGUUUGCAUGCAGCUGCCGCAGCAGCAGCAGCAGCAGCAGCAGCUGGAGUCGCUCUUUGUCUGCGUCCACCACGCCGCUCCACUGUCCCUCCCAUCUGCUGCUGUGGAGCCCCCAGCAGCAGCAGCAACAGCAGCAACAGCAGCAGCAGCAGCAGCUCAGCCUUGUGGGCUGCUGGAGGCAGUAAAGGCAGGGUCUCACCAGAGCCUUCUCUCCGCUGUUUCCUUCAGACGCAGGCCUUCCGCAGCAGCAGCAGCAGCUGCUGCUGCCGCUCCUGCUGCUGCUGCUGCUGCUGCUGCUGCUACAAAUCAUCACGGAGACUGUCUCUUCCCUUUCCUUCCAAGCAAGAGACGGCGAACAGCGCGCAGCAGCAGCUCCAGCAGCAUCAGCUACAGCAGCAGCAGCUAUAGCAGCAGCACCAGCAGCAGCAGCAGCAGCAAAGCACAGUGUUUCUUAUACUCUAUCCCCGUAGACAGCUGGAAGAGACGGAUUAAACGCCCGCCGCUGCUGCCGGUGGCGGAGGCAAUAGCGGAGCGCUGCAGAAGCAGCAACAGCAGCAGCAGCAGCAGCAGCAGCGAAGGCGCUACAGCAGCAGCGGCAGCAGCAGCAGCUGCUGCUCGUGUGUCUUCUCACGGCAGAAGAGACUUGGAGGCUGUUGUCAGCAUCCCUGUGGGAUUUGCAGGGCCUACUUCUGGCGGCCUGCCAAUUGAAGUCGCUGUGUGUUGCCUGGAGAGGCCCCCAGGAGGGGAAGCCCCUGAACUUCUGCCUAGAGGCAGCAGCGUGAACAGCAGCAGCAGCAGCAGCACGCCGCAUGCAGCAGCAGCUGCUGCUGCUGCAACAAUAACAACAGCAGCAGGCGCUCGUGGAAGCUUUUUGUUUUUUGCUGCACCUGUAGACUGCAGCCUGAGACAAGCAUGA